AACUUUAAAAUGGGAUUUUCAAUCAUCCGACUGCUAUUGGCUGCACUCUCUUUGAUGUUUAUUGGAUCUGUUUGCGGAAUUCUGUCAGACGAGUCGUCAUUGGUCAAAACAAAUUUGGAACACCUGCUUUUAGAGAAUAAUAUUCUCCCAUAUCUUCAGAGCAUUCCAAUUCCCGAACAAACUGGCAAGAAAGGUUCUGUUCAAUACAAAGCAAGCAAUUUUCGUAUAGAAGCUUUUACUCUUCCAAAAAUCUCAGUGCAAAAUCUUCAACAGAAUCCACUCAUUCUGAAAUUGACUGUCGAAGGUGGGGGAAUAAGCGGAAAGUUUGACUUUUGGUUCAGAUAUAAAACAUGGCUACUUAGGCACACAGAUGAUGGAUAUGUAAAUUUGAGUGCAGGUAAAAUCGGAUUGGAAAUAAAAGUAACAGCAGAUUUGGCCAAUAAGUCCAUUCAAGUUAACAGUUGCAGUAGCCCCCGUACUUCUAUACGCCUGAAAUUCCAUGGAACAAGAUGGGCUUGGAUUUAUAAUAUUUUUAAAGGAAUACUAGCAAAUGAACUAGAGAAAAGAUUAUCUGGUUCUGACGGCCUGAUUUGUAAGGGUGUCACAAAGGCCAUUAUAAGAGGAGAGAAAAAAAUCUUCGACAAGCUGGAAAAAAUUCAAGGCUAACCUAUCGAAGUCCAUUGUCUUCGUUGUUUGUCAUGAACAUAAUAAACCAUGUUUUAUGACAGUUA